GUUAAAAAAAAAAAAUCCACCAGCGGUCUGUUUCAAGUUCCCCCAAUAGAAACUGUGCCUGAUUUGUGGCCAAUGUUGGAGAUGUAAAAAAAAAAAAAAAAAAAGGAGGAAAAAAACAGUAAAGGGGUAGCUAUGGAGAUAGAACGUUUUCCUGGCUGCUUUCUUUGACAGGUGUUGAGUGGGGUAAAAGUCUUAAAACAGAAUCCAGCAUGUACGCCAAAGGGAAAGGAGCCGUCGUCCCCUCCGAUAGCCAAGCGAGAGAAAAGCUAGCUUUAUAUGUGUACGAGUACUUGCUGCAUGUCGGGGCCCAGAAAUCAGCACAGACCUUCCUGUCGGAGAUCCGAUGGGAGAAGAACAUCACACUGGGGGAGCCCCCGGGAUUCCUGCACUCCUGGUGGUGUGUAUUCUGGGAUCUGUACUGCGCCGCUCCAGACAGGCGGGAGACCUGCGAACAUUCCAGCGAGGCCAAGGCUUUCCACGACUAUGUGAGUGACAGCCUUUUUCACCAAUCACUUGUGUUGCUACUGUGGCUCUUAAUGGAUCCAACACCAGACACGGGAGGUCACCGGGCAGCCGCGCUCACUUCCUCGCCGUGA